CUGACAGACGUAAAUUAUAGCGCUAGCAUGCGCUUUGAGAAAAGAGGAGGUUCCUGAAUAGUAUUUUAUUUAUUUCUUUGUUUCCAGUAGAAAAAUAAUAACAGUGUUAUAUUUCACAGGGACUAUAUUUAUUAUCAUUGUCCGCUCACGCAAGAAAACUGGAUAAGAUUACAGUAGGAAUUCAAAAGCCAACGCGAAGGGGAGGAGGAUGAAGCGGCGCAAUGCGGACUGCAGCAAACUCCGGCGGCCGUUAAAACGGAACCGAAUCACCGAGGGUAUAUACGGCAGUACCUUCCUGUACCUGAAGUUCCUGGUGGUGUGGGCACUGGUGCUACUGGCAGACUUUGUGCUCGAGUUCAGGUUUGAGUACCUGUGGCCCUUCUGGCUGUUCAUCAGAAGUGUGUACGACUCCUUCAGAUACCAGGGGCUGGCGUUUUCAGUGUUCUUUGUGUGUGUGGCGUUUACCUCCGACAUCAUAUGCCUGCUCUUCAUCCCUGUACAAUGGCUGUUCUUUGCUGCCAGUACCUACGUGUGGGUGCAGUACGUGUGGCAUACAGAGAGAGGGGUCUGUCUCCCCACAGUGUCUCUUUGGAUACUAUUUGUGUACAUCGAGGCAGCCAUCCGAUUCAAAGACCUGAAGAACUUCCAUGUCGACUUGUGUCGCCCAUUUGCUGCACAUUGCAUUGGCUACCCGGUGGUGACGCUGGGCUUUGGCUUCAAGAGCUACGUCAGCUAUAAAAUGCGCUUAAGAAAGCAGAAGGAGGUGCAGAAGGAGAAUGAGUUCUACAUGCAGCUCCUGCAACAGGCCCUGCCCCCAGAGCAACAGAUGCUACAGAGACAAGAGAGGGAAGCUGAGGAAGCUGCAGCAGCUAAAGGGAUAUCUGAGGUGGACUCCGCCCCAGUCUCACAGAAUGGGGCACUUGUCGGUAAAAAGACGCCAGCACCGCUACCGGAGCUGGAGUACAGAGAAAAAGGGAAAGAGGGCCGCGAGGCCAAGAAGCAACACAAUAGCAUCCUGCCGUCAUCGGUAGACUCUAAACUCCAGGAGAUGGAGUACAUGGAGAACCAUAUGAACAACAAGAGACUGACCACAGAACUGGUGGGUAGCACAGAGAACCUGCUGCUGAAGGAGGAGAACUCCUCUUCCUCCUGCUCCUCCUCCUCAUCCUUCUCCUCGAAAAACUACAAGAACGCUAGUGGCAACACCGCAAUUAACUCCUCGCCCCGCGGACACAGCGCCACCAACGGCAGCGUCCCCUUGUCCGCCCCUUCCUCCUCUUCCUCUGGGAAGAAGCAGAAGUGUGCAGUGGGGAAGGGUCCAGCAGCGGGCUCCCACAGGGACUCAACAGACAACUGCAUCCCCAACAAUCAGCUGAGCAAGCCUGAGGCGCUCGUACGGCUGGAGCAGGAUGUAAAGAAGCUGAAGGCGGACCUGCAGGCCAGCAGACAGGUGGAGCAGGACUUGCGCAGUCAGAUCGGCUCCCUGAGCAGCGCUGAGCGCUCCAUACGCUCUGAGCUGGGCCAGCUGCGACAAGAGAAUGAGCUGCUGCAGAACAAGCUCCAUAACGCUGUCCAGGCCAAGCAGAAGGACAAACAGGCUGUGGUCCAACUGGAGAAGAGGCUGAAGGUUGAGCAGGAGGCCCGCACCAAUGCAGAGAAACAGCUUUCAGACGAGAAGAAACGCAAAAAGCUGGAAGAGGCCACCACAGCUAGAGCCGUCGCACUAGCAGCAGCAUCCAGGGGGGAGUGCACAGAUACGCUGAGGAGGCGGAUCACGGAACUGGAGACUGAGUGUAAGAAGCUGACCAUGGAUAUCAAGCUCAAAGAAGACCAGAUCAGAGAGCUGGAGAUGAAAGUACAGGAGCUCCACAAGUAUAAAGAGAAUGAGAAGGACACGGAAGUGCUGAUGUCAGCGCUUUCGGCCAUGCAGGAUAAGACCCAGCACCUGGAGAACAGCCUGUCUGCAGAGACCCGCAUCAAACUGGACCUGUUCUCAGCACUGGGUGACGCUAAGAGACAACUGGAGAUCGCACAAGGUCAGAUCCUGCAGAAGGACCAGGAGAUCAAGGACCUGAAGCAGAAGAUAGCUGAGGUGAUGGCUGUCAUGCCCAGCAUCUCCUACACAGCUGACAGCAGCAACAUGACUCCUGUGGCCCCCCACUACUCUUCCAAGUUCAUGGACACCAGUCCUUCCGGCCUGGACCCCAACGCCUCUGUCUACCAGCCCCUCAAAAAGUGAACGCUCCUCCCAUCCUCUUGUUUGUUUUCAAGCCCACCUCCAGAUCUGCUUGUCAUGUCUGCGGCUGAGAACUU